ACAAAUCGUAUUUUAUAACCUAAAAAAGGCAAAAGUAUUUCUUUUAUUGCAAAAUUAAAUUACUUUUACGUUAAAAUAUGGGUAAAAAGAAAAACAAAAAUAAAGUGAGUGGUGCUGUGAAAACCGCCGCAAAAACUGAAAAGAAACUUGCUAACAAACUAAAGAAGGAACUUGCGAAUUUGGGAGAGGAGGAUAUUGCAAAAAUAAUAUCACAAAUUGAAAAGGAGGAAGCUAAAAGGGCAGCUGCAUCAGAGAAGGUCCUAACAACACAUCCAACUGCUAGAGCCUACGCCAGCCUUACGCCACAUCCUAUUAACAAUGAAUUAAUUUUAUUUGGCGGUGAAUAUCAUAAUGGUCAACGGACGGAAGUAUACAAUGAGUUGCUAUUUUAUAACCCGGUGAACAACAGUUGGCGUCUUCUGAAAGCACCUGGAGCACCGCCGCCAAGGAGUGCCCAUCAGGCUAUAGCCACUUCAGCAAACAAAGGAGAGCUCUGGGUGUUUGGAGGUGAAUUCACAAGCCCCACGGAGACACAGUUCCAUCAUUAUAAGGAUCUGUGGUGUUUCUCACUUGCUGAGAAAAAAUGGGAAAAGGUAGUGGCACCAAACGGCCCGUCCCCUCGUUCCGGCCACCGGAUGGUGCUGCUCGGCCGGAAGCUGUUCAUCUUCGGUGGCUACUGUGACGACGGGCGUGAGUGCCGCUACUUCGACGACCUGUACACGUUCUGCCUGGACACGCGGACGUGGGAGAAGGUGGUGCCCACAGGACGAGGCCCCACCCCGAGAUCGGCCUGCAUCAUGCUGCCCAUCGGCAAUAAUUCUUUAGUGGUAUACGGCGGGUUUUCUCGCGUGCGCGACGGACGGAGUGAGCGGACGUGCACGCACGCGGACAUGUUCCGGCUGUGCGCACGCGCGGGCGGGUGGUCGUGGCGCGCGCUGGCCGGCGGGCGCGGCGCUCGCGCGGGACUCGCCGCCGCACAUAACCCGCACGCUAACAGGGCGUACGUGUUCGGUGGUGUUGCGGACGUUGAAGAAACAGAAGAGGAGUUGGUGGGCGAGAUGAGCGAUGAGCUGCAGGUACUUGACCUGGAGACGUGUCGCUGGAGGCCCCUCGAGCUGCGCGCCCCCGCCGCUAAACCCGCCCCUGAGACCGAAACUAAGUCCGCACCUGAGCCCGAGCCGGUGAAGGAAGAAGCUGUUACAGUGGUAACGGACGAGGUAUUUACAAUGAAGCUGGGUGGUGUACCCUUGGGGGGUCACUCGGAGGGUCCAGACGCGGGGGGUCCAGCGGCGCGGGCGGCAGGGGGUCCCGGCGCGCGCAUGUCCGCCAUGCUGUGCGUGCAGCGGUCCGCGCUGUACGUGUACGGCGGCGUGCUAGAGAAGGACGACAAACAGUUCUAUCUUACGGACAUGUAUAGCUUGGACUUACACAAACUGAACGAGUGGAAGACGCUGAUCUCUCAGCCGGCGUUGCCGGACUGGCUCGGCUCCGACUCAGAGUCCGGCUCGGAAGAGUCCGGAGAGUCAGACAGCGAGUCGGACGACAGCGAGGAAUCGGACUAAUGUAAAAAGAUAAGAUAUACGUACUUUAUGUAUCGAAAUCGUAUGUAACAUAAUUGCAGACAUGAGGGUGAAGGCGGUAACCAACAAUCUGAAAACAGUCGUUUCUUUUGCAUAAAUAGAGGCUAUAGGACCGGGAAAAUUAUGCGAAAAAAAGUGAAUUCUAUGUAUAGCUAUAAUCUAGAUGAAAAAGUAGGUACAGUCUGUCAAGAAAGUGAAGAAAUUAAA